UCGUUUCCUCGAAGACCAGCCUACGGCACCAAGGGCGCCGAGGUCGUCCUGUGGGCAAACUACGUCGCCUUGACAGCCUCGCCCAAGCUGGUGCUGUACCGAUACGACGUCUCCGUCACCCCGGCGGCUGCUGGAAGGAAGCUCACGCAGAUUAUACGCUUGCUGCUGGAUGCCCCGGAGCUGGCCGAGUACAAGCACGACAUGGUCAGCGACUUCAAGUCGACGCUUAUCAGCCGCCACAAGUUCGAUGACCAGAACAUCAAGAUUGCGUAUCGACAGGAGGGCGAAGACGAGCCGCAAGCCAAUGGCCCUCAGUACGAGGUCAAGCUCCAGCUAACGAAUACUUUGGCGACUGCGGAGUUGAUUGGAUACCUCACGUCGACGAACCCGUCUGCCCAAUACGACGACAAGCUGCCUCUGAUUCAGGCCCUCAACAUCUUUCUCAACCACUACGCAAAGUCGACCAACAACCUUGCCACCAUUGGGUCGUCCAAGAUGUUUUCUUUGAGCGAGAGUUCUGAUACAUGGGACCUUGGGAGCUGCCUCACCGCCAUCCGCGGCUUCUUCGCCAGUGUCCGUGCGGCUACGGCUCGUGUCCUGGUCAAUGUCAAUCCCAGCCACGGUGCCUUCUUCCAAGAAGGUCCUUUGGAACAGUUCAUCCUUCGCCUAGGCUCCGGAAGAGGACUCUACAGGCUACAGACGUUCAUCAAGGGCCUCCGCAUCAGGACCACCCAUCUGAAGCCAAAGGUCGACAAGAAUGGCAAGGAGAUCCCGCGCAUCAAGACCAUCUGGGCCUUGGCCAACCCGAACGAUGGGCACAACUCUGCGCACCCUCCGAGAGUGAGCGCAUUCGGGGCUGGGCCCAAGAACGUCGAGUUCUGGCUCGAGGGGGGUUCCUACAGCGGCCAAGCCCAGCCUGGACCUUCUUCCGGCAAGAAGAAAAAGGGCGCCAAGGGCCAAGAGAAUGGACAGUACAUUUCUGUCUAUGACUUUUUUGCUAGAUCAUACAAUAUGCGCAUCAACGAUACUCGGCUGCCCGUCGUCAAUGUCGGCAAUAGAGAGAACCCCACCUAUCUGCCACUCCAGGUUUGCUAUGUGCUGCCUGGCCAGCCGUCCAAGUCCAAGCUGGAUCCGAACCAGACCCAGCAAAUGAUUCGGUUUGCCGUUCGGAGGCCAUUCGAGAAUGCCACGUCCAUCGUCAACCAGGGCCUGCAGACUGCUGGCUUGUCUGCUAGCACAAAUCCCUUGCUGCCUCAAUUUGGAAUUGAAAUCUCCCAAAAUCUCGUGACCGUGCUGGGGCGCGUUAUUACAAGCCCAAAGGUCAGCUACGGCCAGAACCGACAGGUCGCAACGUUUGGCGGCAGCUGGAACAUGAUCCCAAGGGGUGCCCCGAGCCUCAAGUUCAGCAACACGGGAAACCUGCAGAAGUGGUCCUGCGUGUACAUUGAGACGGCUGAACAUCCAAACGCCUACAGGUUCAGCUCCGAAAGCCUGGACGAGACCAUGCGGGCCUUUCAUACCGUGUUGGCCGACACUGGCAUCGCUGCGAGCGCCCCCCUUCGACCCUUUAGGCGGCUGCAGCUGAGAAACGACGGCGAUCCUGAGCUCGAGAAUCUGAUCAAGAACGCUGCAGCGACGCUACAGAUGCUGCUUGUCAUUCUGCCUGCGACUCCCAUCACAUUAUACAACCGCAUAAAGUCUCUGGCCGACGUCAAGUACGGCGUCCAUACCGUCUGCAGCGUCGGCACCAAGAUUGCGAACCCCAAGGGGCAGGACCAGUACCUGCGUAAUCUCGCCCUCAAGGUCAACCUCAAGCUCGGCGGCAACAACCAGAUUGUUGAAUCUGCGCACUUGGGGUUCGUCUCUGAGAACAAGACCAUGAUUGUCGGUAUCGAUGUCACGCAUCCUUCCCCUGGCUCGUCCCCACUGGCCCUCAGCAUUGCUGGCAUGGUCGCGAGCAUCGACCAGAAACUCGGGCAAUGGCCCGGAAUCCUGAGUCUCCAGCCCAGGGGCCGCCACGAGAUGGUUGCGGAUCUGCAGGACAUGUUGAAAUCGCGUCUACAUCUGUGGCGCUCAAAGGGCAAGCACGCGGCUUUCCCCGAGAACAUCAUCGUCUAUCGCGACGGAGUCUCUGAAGGGCAGUACCAGAAAGUGCUGGACGAAGAGCUGCCGCUGCUGCGCGCCGCCUGCAAGGAGGUGUACCCAGCCUCGGACCAACAGAAGGGCCUGCCACGCAUGACCAUUGCCAUUGUCGGCAAGCGUCACCACACUCGCUUCUAUCCGACGGCAGUGAACGAUGCCGACAACUCGGGCAACACCAAGCCUGGCACCGUGGUCGACCGAGGCGUCACGGAAGCCCGCACCUGGGACUUCUUCCUCCAGGCGCACACGGCACUGCAGGGCACCGCUCGGCCGGCGCACUACAUUGUUGUGCUGGACGAGAUUUUCCGCCCCCGAUACGCCAAGACGCCGGGCAAGAACAUUGCGGAUGAGUUUCAAGACAUCACACAGAGCAUGUGCUACACGUUUGGCCGAGCGACCAAGGCCGUCAGCUACUGCACGCCGGCCUACUACGCCGACAUUAUGUGCGAGCGAGGCCGGUGCUACCUCAGCCACUUGUUUGAGACGCCGACCAACUCGGCAGCGCCGUCGCUGGUGGGAGACACGGAGGGCGGCGGCGGUGCUGGGGGGCCGUUGAAGCAGGAUGUGCAGGUUCACGAGAGGCUCAGGGACACCAUGUUUUACAUAUGA